AUGAGGGCAUCUCCGUCUGCCGCCGCCUCCUCGAGCAAGACUCACGUCUCUGGACAGGCCAACAAGCCCAUGUCUCGGCCAGCACACAGUUUGACGGCCGAACAGGUCAUCUCAGAACUCCAGGCCAACCCAGCGAGUGGUCUCAGCGCAGAGGAGGCCGCGAGACGCCUCAAGGAACUGGGGCCAAAUGAAUUCGAGAGGCAAAAGGGCGUUCAGCCCCUGAAGAUAUUCAUCGAGCAGAUUUUCAACGCAAUGACUCUGGUGCUGUUAAUGGCACUAGCCGCCAGCUUUGGCAUCCAUGCCUGGAUAGAGGGCGGCAUCUUGGGCGGCAUCAUCGUCUUGAACAUCUUCAUCGGCUUCUUCCAGACUUUGCAGGCCGAACGGACCAUUGACUCGCUGCGCAACCUGGGAUCCCCCACAUGCAACGUCUUUCGAGAUGGCAGAACCAUAAGCAUUCAGACGUCAGACGUGGUUCCGGGCGAUAUCGUCGAUCUGGCGACUGGCGAUUCGGUGCCUGCGGAUAUAAGGUUGAUUCAUGCCAUAAAUCUGGAGGCUGACGAGGCGCUUCUCACGGGCGAGUCUGUGCCUGUCCUAAAGAAUGCCAAGGCUGUAUUCGAUCAGUAUACUGGUCCAGGGGAUCGUCUCAAUGUCGUGUAUAGCUCGACGACGAUCACCAAGGGGAGUGGUCGAGGCGUGGUAUUUGCAACGGGAAUGUAUACGGAAAUCGGACUCAUCGCCAGCGCCUUACAAGGAGGUGAAUCAAUGAACAAGGGGUCUGACCCCCAGGCCGCUGCUCAGCCAGAAUCGAAGACCAAGAUUUGGUCGAGAGCCGCAAUGCGCUGGAUGGGCAAAUUCCUUGGCCUUACAGUUGGCACGCCGCUUCAGAAGAAAUUGGCGCAGUUGUUCUUGUGGCUGCUUGCCUUUGCGGUCGUUUGCGCGAUCAUCGUCUUGGGAGCCAACAAGUUUGAUACCCAUAGAGAUGUCAUCUUGUAUGCUGUCACGACGGCCGUGGGCACAAUUCCCGUCUCGCUGUUGCUGGUGUUGACGGUGACCAUGGCGGCUGGCACGAAGAAGAUGCUGGAGAGACAUGUCAUUGUCCGUAACCUUUCAAGUUUGGAGGCCCUUGGCGGAGUGACGAACAUUUGCUCUGAUAAGACGGGUACAAUCACCCAAGGCCGUAUGAUUGCACGCAAAGCAUGGCUCCCAGGACACGGCACUUACUCCGUCGAAUCAACAAGCGACGUGUACAACCCAACCGUCGGUCGCGUCUCUUUCAGUCCCUUCCAUCCCCGAGACGCGAGAGACCUCGAAAAGGAGACGUCGGAAGAGGAAAUUACGCCGCUGGAUGAGGUUUCCAAGAGACCCUUCUUACAGGAAUAUCUCAACAUUGCUUCCCUCGCCAACCUUGCAACUCUCGAGCAAGACAAGAGUGAUCCGACACAACCUGAUCAGUGGAAAGCUCGUGGGGCACCGACUGAGAUUGCGAUAGAAGUGUUCGCAUCCCGUUUCGGAUGCAAUCGCGUGCAGUUGUCGCAGGGACCGAGGGCGAGAUGGAGUCAUGUUGGGGAGUUUCCGUUUGACUCAGAGGUCAAGAAGAUGUCGUCUCUUUUCCUAGACACAACUACACAGGAAACACACAUUUUCACAAAGGGUGCGGUUGAACGUGUCAUAGAGACAUGCGACAGCUUCGCCUCGAAAGACGAAAUCAAGCCCCUGGACAACACCAUGAAAGCUAUCAUCCUCGACAACAUGGAAGCACUUGCAAGCCAAGGCCUCCGUGUCCUCGCACUCGCCCACAACAUCAUCCACAAACCCGUCUCAGCCUCAGACUUCACAGACGGAGUCUCCCCCAGCAGAGACCGCUUCGAGCGCCAGCUCGUCUUCCACGGCCUCAUCGGCAUCUACGACCCUCCCCGUCCCGAGUCCAAGCACAGCGUCCUCGCGUGUCAGCGCGCAGGCAUCGUCGUCCACAUGCUCACGGGAGACCAUCCGCAGACUGCACGCGCCAUUGCCGCGGACGUGUGUAUACUCCCUCCGCCAGAUAAGAUGCGCAUGCUGCCCGCGGACGUCGCGCAUACCAUGAUGAUGACGGCGCAAGAAUUUGAUGCCAUGAGCGAUGAGCAGAUUGACGCUCUUCCACAGCUGCCCCUGGUAGUCGCCAGAUGUGCUCCGAGUACAAAAGUCCGGAUGAUCGAGGCGCUUCAUAGACGAAGCCGCUUCGUAGCCAUGACCGGCGAUGGCGUCAACGACAGUCCCAGCCUCAAGCGAGCAGACAUUGGCAUCGCCAUGGGGUCGGGCUCAGACGUCGCUAAGGAGUCAUCCGACAUCAUCCUCACCGAUGACAACUUCACCUCGAUACUGAAUGCCAUUGAAGAAGGCCGCCGGAUCUUUGACAAUAUCCAGAAAUUCAUCCUCCAUGUGCUGGCAGCCAACAUCGGCUUCGUCAUCUCUCUGCUUACCGGCCUGGCGUUCAAGGAUGGCGCAAACGUCUCGGUGUUUCUGUUGACGCCUGUUGAGAUCAUUUGGAUGCUUCUUGGUACAGGUGCCUUUAGCGAGACGGGACUUGGCUUUGAGACGGCUGUCCCAGAUAUCCUGAAUCGUCCUCCUCAGGAUCUCCGCUACGGCAUCUUCACCCCCGAAUUCAUGCUCGACAUGGUCAUCUACGGCAUCCUCAUGGCUGGCUGCGUCCUCGGCUCCUUCACCACCGUCGUCUUCGCCUUCGGCGACGGCAACCUGGGCUCCAACUGCAACAACGCCUACUCGCCGCCGUGCCACGUCGUCUUUCGCGCCCGCGCCACGGCCUACACGGCCAUGACGUGGAUCUUCUUGCUCUUCUCCUGGGAGCUCAUCGACUUCCGCCGGUCCUUCUUCGACGGGCGCGGCGGGGGGGUCCGCGCGUGGGGGAACCAUCUGUGGGGGAACCGCUUCCUCUUCCUCGCCAUUACCAUUGUCUUCUUCGUUGUGUUUCCGACGCUGUACAUCCCGCGGCUGAAUACCGUCGUCUUCAUGCACGCCGGGAUUGACUGGGAAUGGGGGGUCGUCUUCGUUGCCGUUGUCGUGUUCGUUGUUGGUGCUGAGGCGUGGAAGUGGGCAAAGAGGAUCCAUCUUCGUAGGCGAGACCGGAUAUCACGGGGUCCGGCUUCAGUAGAUAGUGAAGCGUCGGAGACAGGGGAUAGAGACGACGGGGACGGGGAAACCGUGCCGAACAGGGAUUGA